CUUCAAUUUCGCUCUCGUCUCUCCAUCUUCUUCUUCAUUCAUUCACUCCUACAGUCGUUUUUUUCUUUUCCUACUUACAAUCACUUCCUAAGAUUCGUCAUUCUUUGAUUCUUCUUUUCAGUUCUACACACACUCUUUUCCUCUGGAUCCUAUUCAUUCUUGGAUAGCGGGUUGUUAAGUCCCGUCUUAUACACCCAUUUUCUCAAAUCACUGACCUUUAAACCACUAUUUGAGCUCGUUGUAGCAGCUCGUUCACUCUCUAACAACUCUCCAAACUACUACGUACGGUUUUAUAAAAUAUUUAACAAAAUGUCGAUGAAACGUUUCUUCACUUCGGCAGUUGCCAUGGCGGCGGUUGUUGCUGCUGUUCCUGUUGCCCGUCCGCUCGAGAAGCGAGAACCCGUCACGACUAUUACUCUGACUUCGGCCUCUACCUACACCGCAACUAUCGCUCCUGCUACCCCUGUCACUCCUACAGGAACUGCAACUUACCCAGGAACUACAGCUCCUGUUCCUGAUAGCCCCAAGCCACCUAAGAACGGCAAGCCUGACGGUUCCUGUAGCUCCACAGGCACUUGCGGAUCUGGUAGCGGUGGCAGUUCAUCCGGUUCUAAGCUCCCUGGUGUCGCAUAUGCCCCCUACCGAGGCGAUCACCAGUGCAAAUCCAAGGACGAGAUCCAGCACGAUAUUACGCAGCUCGCAGCUGAUUUUUCAGUCCUUCGUAUCUAUGGCACCGACUGUGACCAGGUCGCCAAUGUCUACUCAUGCGCCAAGGGUAGCGGCUUGAAGCUGUUCCUCGGCAUCUGGAACAUUGACGACGUUCAAACUGAGGCCAAGACCAUCAUCAGUGCAAUUGACGACUGGGACGUUGUUGACACCAUCAGCGUUGGCAAUGAACUUGUCAACAACGGAGCUGCCAGCCCAGCAAAGGUCAUCGCCGCUGUCAAGCAGGCUCGUGAGAUCCUUCGUGCCGCAGGCUACCAAGGCCCCGUUGUCACAGUUGAUACUUUUAUUGCUGCCAAUGCCAACCCUGAACUUUGCAACGAAAGUGACUACUGUGCUAUCAACGCUCACGCCUUCUUCGAUGCCAACACUUCUGCUGAUGAAGCUGGCCAGUGGCUCUCCAACACUGUUGAAGACCUUCGAUCCAAGAUUUCUGGCGACAAGCGCAUCGUCAUUUGCGAGACUGGCUGGCCUACCAAGGGAAACAGCAACGGCAAGGCUGUUCCAGGUAUGAGCCAACAGAAGGCUGCUCUCGACUCUAUCAAGCAGGCAUUCUCCAGCCACAUGGGAGACUUGAUCCUCUUCUCUGCCUUCAACGAUCCCUGGAAGAAGGCCGAAGCCGCAACUUUCAUGGCCGAGCAAUGGUGGGGUAUCGAAGGCCAGGAAUCAGUUUCCAACAAGGACCCGUCGUCUUCUAACUAGGGAAUGGCUCCCCGAUUUGUCAUGUCAGUUAGACCUUCAAAUAUUUGAAUGGUUUGCGGUCACGUUUUACUCCGAGAUAACGCUCGACUUAUGUUUUUUCUAUGAUGUUUAAUGGUUUAUUGUUAUUGCUUGAGGGUUGUGGAUGCCGAUUAUCAGGUGGCCGUUGCAAGGCUGUACGAGCCUAUCAUCUUGGGAGGUAUGUUGGAGGUUUGUCUACUUUCCUAUUCAAGUUCCAACUACCUCAUCACAUCACCUCGCUUUAUGGCUGCUCUUUUAGAGAUGAGAAAAGAAUUACACCUUGUAUUUGUUAUUCGAAUUGAAAUAUCCGUUAUACAAUUUGAACUUGAAUUUAGCUUGAUGAU